AAUAAUCAUAACUAUAAUGGAUAUUUAGCUCAGAUACUAGAAUGAUUAUACAGUCUUUAAAGGAGUGAAAUCAUAUGGGGAUCUUGUAAAUGAAAUCUAAUUAAAAUAUCCACUCUUGAUGGAUAUUGAAUUGACGUAUUAAGAUGAAGAAGGCGAUUUAAUUUAGGUCUCAAAUACAAGUGAUAUCAAUGCAAUAGUAAGAGUAUGAUUGAUGAUUUAAAGACAGAUUUAAGUAAAGUGAUCCUUUAAAUGGAUGCUUAAAUUGAUUAUGUAAAGUUGGGAGAAUUAGAAAGACUUGAAAGAGAGGAAGAAUGCAAAUAGAGAAUGCUUUAAGAUAGAAGAAAUCUAUUGUAAUAUGUAUAUCUAUUUUAAGUAAUCAUUUAGGAAAUUAAAAAAGAAAUGGAAAAUUAUGAAAUAUUGAGUUUAGAAAAAAGUGAAUUUGAAAGUAAAUGCAAUGAAGAAAUUGAAGAAUUAAUGGAUCGCUGCAAAAAACUGAGAGAUACAUAGAGAGAACCUAUAAUAGAUUUUAAAAUAAUUUUUAAUAGUUCAAACAUAUUAGGUCUCAUAAGAGAGAAGGAAUCCAAUUUAUUAUUAAUGGAAGUAUAAUUUGAUUUCAUGUUUAUAGGACAAAACAGGUUUUGACACUUAAUUACAGUCAAUCCAAAGAGAUGUAUAUGAUGCAUUUGGACAGCUGUUGUUCGAAAGAAUGUUGGAUCAUCAGGCUAAGCAUAAAAAUUGGUUAGAAAAACAAUGCUAAAUUAACAAGAUUAACCAAGAAUUGUAGAUUUUUGAGAUUAAGAAAUAGGAGAAAAUUUACAGUUUUGAUCGGAUUUUGUAAAGAUCAUUAGAAAAUGUGGAGAAAAUGAAGGCAUAGUUAAAUUAACCUCUAAGGAAUGAUGAUUAUUAUUUAGAUUCAUUUAUGUAUUGA